AAUAAGCCUCCCCCUUGCCAUUCACUGGCGUAACCUCAUUACCCGGAAGUACUUGCUGCUGGCUCAAGGCUGCAUGGCGCUGUGUUGAUUAUUACUAGCAGAAUUUCGAUCACGAUGGCGCCCAAGAAAAGACAAACGUCUCUUAAACAAAAUCUCCAGUUUGCAAGUCAUGUUCAGGUGAAAAGACCUGAAGCUCAUGAGGAUGAGGAUGAGGAUGCUUUAGAGAUGGAAAGAAACUUUGCUUUGUUCAGUAAACGCGGCCCUGUGCUACAGUCCGAGCUGACUGAGAAGGACGAGGAGGAAACGAGUGGUGAGGAAUCUACUGAAGCAGCUGAGGAUGAGGAAGAUCAUGACACUGAGCAGUCUGUAAAAGAGCAAGCUGAGAGUACUGACAUGACCGGAUCAGAGGAUUCCCCUAACCAGACACACUGCAGGCAGAAUGACCCCACAGCCAGGUCACACACCAGGACUGAGUUUACACCAGAUCUGUCAACAAUGUCAUUUGAAGAGAUUAUGAGGUUACAAAGAAAAGUUGGAACUAAGGCAUGUAAUAAACUUACACAUGAGGCAAAAAAGAAAAAGCAGAAUUCAGAACCUGCAAAGCGAGUGACCAGGGACAGACCCCAAGAGAUUUCGGCCAAGAAACCAGUUUCUUUUCUUAGAAAAGUAGGAUCCAUUAAGGAACCUAUUUUGAGGGAUCCUCGUUUUGAUGAUCUUUCUGGUGAAUUUAAACCAGAAGUGUUCAGCCAGACAUACAAAUUCAUCAAUGAUAUCAGACAACGAGAAGCAGAGAUGGUGAAAAAAAAGCUGAAGAAAGUAAAAUCUGAUGCAAAAAAAGAAGAAUUGAAAUCUUUACUAAAGAGAAUGGAGAACCAAAAGCGUAACCAUCAAAGACAAGAGCAGCAGAGAGAGAAGGAGCGUUGUUAUAAGAGGAAGCAGAGAGCGCUGGUGGGACAUGGGCAUAGACCUUUUUACCUCAAGAAAUCUGAGAAGAAGAAACUGCAAUUGGCCGAGAAGUACCACGAGCUGAAAAAGAGUGGGAAGCUGGAGAAUUUCUUGAGCAAGAAGCGGAAACGAAAUGCUGUUAAGGACCGCAGGAAGCUGCCGUGAAAAACAGAAUGUGGACCAGUCAGGUCAAAUAAGUGGAACUUGAACACAUUCUGUUGGACCGCCUUUGUAUACGACAAUGCAGAGUUAUAGUGUUCUCAAAGGACCUCUCAUAAUGACAGUUUCUGGUUGAUUUAUUGUACAGAACAAUUGAACAUUACAUUCUUUGCUUAUGGAAAAUAAAGAAAAUGAACAGUAUUUUGAUACACUGGGGUAAUUUAAAGUAUGUGCGCUACUUUGAAGCCAGCAGUAGAUGGAGCUAUUGGACUUCUGUAUACUUUUUCUUCCAAAACUUCAAAUAUGGGACAUUUUAUAUGGCCUAUAUGCUGUCAUUUUGACCCAGUAGUAAAGUUUGGUCAUCUUUGCUUGACUGCCAACCUUCAUCCAGACAUUAAUCCAACCUUUUAAAGAACUGUUUCAUUUGCUAAAGCAGCUGCUAUUAAAAAUGCAUAAAUACACAUGCAA